CCCCCCACCCCCUCUCUUUUCGUCCUCGUUCUCCGAUCCCGCGACCGAGACGAAGGCUGGACUUCGCCAGCUCUCCCGAUCGAACCAUCAAGGCGGAGUGAGAGCACGAGAAGCGACGCCAUCGCGGCAAGUGUUCGCUCCCAGGAUCGGCCCCCUCUCUUCGAUUCUAGGGCUUGGAUUUGGAUUGUUGGUUUUGUCUGUGAGGAAUAGAGAGAGGGAGCGAGGGUGUUCGAGAUCCUUGUGGAGAUUCAAUAAUUGGGUGCAUUCAUGUUCUUAGGGUUUUCGAUUCGGUCUACUAUGUAAAAUAAGUCCUCUGCUCGAACCGAAUGGAUUCUUUUGCUCUUGAUGUUUGUAACGAGUAAUUGUGGAUGGUGCUUCAGUUUUUGUCCUCUUCCUCCACUUUCGUCGUUUUAUUUUUCUCCUCGUUUGAUGUUUGUAUGCCUGAUAUCCAAGAAAGAAGACGAAAAGAAGAAUAAGCUUAUACUUGAACCCAGAGGUGUGGGAUUUUGAUUCGAGUUAGUAAUUUUCAUUGUACUUGAAACAUCAAAACAGUUCACCUUGAUAGACUCGAGACAAGAAAAGGAAGAGUUAUUUAUCAUUCAUGGAGAGCUCUGGAUUAGUUAAACGGAGUAACGGGCACCUUGGGGUCACCGAGCCAAUCUCGUGGAGUGGGCCGACUGAAUAUGAUGUGAUCAAGACACAGGAGCUCGAAAAGUAUCUUGCAGAUGCUGGGUUGUAUGAAAGCCAGGAAGAAGCUGUUUCCAGGGAAGAGAUUCUGGGAAGAUUGGACCAGAUUGUGAAAAUAUGGGUCAAGAAAGUUAGCAGGGCCAAGGGAUUCAAUGAGCAGUUUGUCCAAGAAGCAAAUGCCAAGAUAUUUACUUUUGGUUCUUACAGACUGGGGGUGCAUGGCCCUGGUGCUGAUAUAGACACAUUAUGUGUGGGUCCAAGACAUGCUACUAGAGAAGAGGACUUCUUCACAGAACUGCAUAAUAUGUUGUCUGAGAUGCCAGAAGUGACAGAACUGCAUCCUGUCCCAGAUGCUCAUGUACCUGUGAUGAGGUUUAAGUUUAGUGGAGUCUCCAUUGAUCUUCUUUAUGCUAAACUAUCACUUUGGGUCAUACCUGAAGACCUGGACAUCUCACAGGACUCUAUAUUACAAAAUGCUGAUGAGCAGACUGUUCGUAGUUUAAAUGGGUGUAGAGUCACUGAUCAAAUUUUACGCUUGGUACCAAAUAUUCAGAAUUUUCGCACAACCUUGCGUUGCAUGAGGUUUUGGGCCAAGCGCCGUGGUGUUUACUCGAAUGUUGCAGGGUUCCUUGGUGGUAUAAACUGGGCAUUGCUUGUUGCUCGUAUAUGUCAAUUGUACCCAAAUGCACUGCCAAGCAUGUUGGUUUCUCGCUUUUUCCGGGUCUACACUCAAUGGCGAUGGCCAAAUCCUGUGAUGCUUUGUGAAAUUCAAGAGGGUACUCUUGGGCUUCCUAUUUGGGAUCCUAGAAGAAAUUUCAGAGACAGACUUCACCAGAUGCCCAUUAUAACACCUGCUUAUCCUUGUAUGAAUUCUAGCUACAAUGUGUCAUCAUCUACAUUGCGUGUGAUGACUGAAGAGUUCCAGCGUGGAAACGAGAUCUGCGAGGCAAUGGAGGCAAACAAAGCUGACUGGGACACCCUUUUCGAGCCCUAUCCCUUCUUUGAAGCCUACAAGAAUUAUCUUGAGAUAGAUAUCACUGCAGACAAUGAAUCCGACCUUAGGAAGUGGAAAGGUUGGGUAGAAUCUCGACUUCGCACACUGACACUAAAGAUUGAAAGGCACACAUUUGGCAUGCUUCACUGUCAUCCUUGCCCACGUGAUUUCUCAGACAAAUCGAGACCAUUUCACUGCUGUUACUUCAUGGGUCUGCAAAGAAAACAAGGAGUUCCAGUACAAGAGAGUGAGCAAUUUGACAUAAGGGGAACGGUGGAUGAUUUUAAGAACUCUGUAAGCAUGUAUACUUUGUGGAAACCUGGAAUGGAGAUCCAAGUUUCUCACAGAAAACGCAGAAAUGUUCCAUUGUUUGUUUUUCCUGGAGGUGUACGGCCUUCUCGUCCUCCUAAAGUUGCAGGGGUGGACGGUCAUGCUGUCUCUGGAAGAAAGGUUUCUGAUAUGGUUCAUGCUGGAAAACCUGCUGGGAAUGUAUCUCAUGUGGCAGAUGCAUCUACUGACAGGAAGCAAAUGGAAGGAAAAGGUGCUUCUUGUGAUCCGAUCGUUGAAUCUUCCAGUGAAUCAAGAAAGGGAAAACAAUUAGAUAAUAGGACAGACAGCAAUGCUGCUAAUAUGAAUAAUCUGGUUGAUCAUAUAUUGAAGCCAUCUGAAAUGGGAACGCCGUCUUCAUUUGCCAAUGGGGUCUUAGAUGUGCCUGAUGAAUCAAGAAAGAGAAAAUGCAUGGAUGUCACAACAGAUAGCUUUGCUACUGGUUCAGAGUUUCAGGCAGAUCAUUCAUUUAAACGACCUGAAACUUCAGCUGCCAUUGCUGCUUCAGUUGGCCCUGUUACUGAAGUUGACAAUGGCGAAUCUAUUUUUUGCUCUAAAGAAGCUGAGACAUUGGCAAUCAGUAAAAUAACUAGUGUGCCACCUAGCAACCUUGCUGCUCUGCCGGAGGGACUUGAUGAGCUUGAAUACUUUGAAUCUCAGGGCCAUGAUAAGGGUUUCGGAGGUCCUGUUGGUGGCCACUCUGUGGAGUCUUCUACUGUCAAAGAUGCCAUUACGCAACUUGGAAGUUCUUAUGGCAGCAACACAAAGAAUGGAGGCGUAGAAGAGCUUGAGAAAUCUUCAGAGCUUUCUGCUCCAUAUCUGGGAGGAGCUCCUGCUUCAACAGCCAAUACACAACGCAAGCCCCUAAGGUUGAGGUUGUCUACGGUGGCGAAAUCUGCUGGAGAGAGAUCAUGAUUCUACUCUCCGAAGGUCAAUGAAGAUCCAUUUGUGACUCCCCCGGGAGACAUGAGACGGCCACCGGAAGAACUAAUUCCGAAGACUACAUGAUGAUUAUGCUGUCCAUCUUUAUUCGAGUAUUCGGCAAGCCUUGAAACCUAUUGUAAUAUUACCAAUGCGCAAUAUCAAGAUCAGACUUUUGCCAUGUUCCUGUGUGUUGGCUGAGUUAUUUGGCUGUUGCUAGCAGCUCCGGUUUGUUUGUUUGCUUGUAAUCAAGUAGGCGAAGUGUUUCUGCCAUGAAGCAUGUGGAAUAGCACUUUUAAAGAGUUGGUUUAUAUAGUUAA